UGAGCGCAGCAGGAAGUCCAGCUCUGUUGCUGUCAUCUGACUCUGACGCAGGCGCUUCCCGAAAGUCAACAGCAAAGGCGGAAAAGCUCCAACAUGGCUCCCAAAGUUGAACUUGCAGCGAUCGUCUGCCUGAUGUUUCUUUCUCUGAUCCCCGCGGUGGAGGCUUAUGACGCGGGGGACGCUCUGGCGCUGCUGCUGUGCUCCGUCGUCACCAUCGUGGGCUGCUGCGCCUUCCUCGGCUGGUACGCGCGGAGGAGGAACGACCAGAUGUGAGAGAGGGACUCCUCCGUCCUGUCCUGCUAUCAUCCACCGCAUUAAUACCGCUCUGUCUGGGCUUAUAUGGACCCUCUGGUGCAAUGUUUGUGUCGAAGCGACUGAUAGGAAACGUGCCUUACUGGAGUUAAUGCGUCAGGCGCGACGGGGACCACGUGGAUCUGUUGCAGAAGGUGGAGGGAAAUAUCCAGGAAGUCCCAAAAACAGGAGCUGUCAUUUGUUGCACUGCUGAGAUUAGAGACCAAACACUGUUUCCUUUCUAUGCAAAGACUGCUGCAGUUACUGUAUAUGAUCCUGAGGAUGCUUGCAUUGCAUAUUUUGCAUAAUUUCCAUGCUUGGAGUGAUCACUGUGAUUUUUUUUGUUUCAUGUGUAUUGUGCAACACAACAUGGCCAUUGUUAUGAGCACAAUGUCACGAGUGUGAAAGGAGUGCUGUUGUAGCAGUUCCUGUUUAAACAUGUAACAAUGGCUCUGAGAAUAAUAAAUUGAUUCAUCUUUACAA